AUGGCAAUCGCCCGUGCUGCACGGCUUCGCAGCUGGCCCAGAACAUCACUACCUACACGAUUUCUUUCCUACAGACAUAUCUCCAGCAAGGCUUGUGAAUUUGCCAAGAGUAGAUUUUUCCAAGUAUCGGAAGAAGUCAAAGAUGCCAUAGCUACUGGCCAGCCAGUGGUUGCACUAGAGUCGACCAUAUAUACACACGGUUUCCCAUACCCAGAUAAUGUAGCGCUUGCAUCGCUACUUGAAUCAGUCGUGCGGAAAAAUGGUGGCAUUCCUGCGACAAUUGCAGUGUUCGAUGGUGUAGCUCGCGUGGGUUUAGACGCCCAAGAGAUUAUUGAAGUGGCAGCUAGUGCUCAAACGAAAAGCGCACUCAAAGUCUCACGGCGUGACCUUGGCUACAUUUGUGGACUAGGUUUCGCAGGCAACCGUAUUCAUGGAGGUACUACCGUUUCAGGAACCAUGAUUCUAGCUCAUCUGGCUGGCAUCAAGGUUUUUGGUACUGGUGGUCUAGGUGGCGUUCAUCGAGGAGCAGAAGUGUCAAUGGAUAUAUCAGCCGAUUUGACGGAACUAGGAAGAACGCCUGUUGCUGUAGUCAGUUCCGGCUGCAAGAGCUUUUUGGACAUCCCCAAAACUCUUGAAUAUCUCGAAACUGAAGGUGUCCUGGUUGGCACCUUUGCAGACGGCCGAAAAGGCCACGUCGAUUACCCGGCGUUCUGGACUCGUGAUAGUGGAAUACGAAGUCCCAAGGUGAUUCAGAAUGAGCGCGAUGCAGCGGCGAUGAUCUAUGCUCAGAACCAACUGGGCUUGACAUCGGGAAUACACUUUGCAAAUCCUGUCCCGGAAGAGUUCUCUAUACCAAAAACCGAGAUGGACAGAGUCAUUGAUGAGGCAGUCAAAACGGCUGCAGCCGAAGGAUUUCACGGAAGCGACAACACGCCUUUUAUCCUCGCAAAAAUCAAAGAACUCACUGGUGGCACCAGUAUUCCAGCAAAUCGCGCGCUUAUUGAAUCGAAUGUGCAACGCGCAACAAACGUAGCUGUCGAGUUGAUGAAACUCGAACAAGUUCACAGAAAGCCAGAACAUCGAUCAAUACCAGUGAGUCAUGUUCCAACGCCAUCCCUUAGCUCGUCAGUCACAGCGCCGACGCAUGAUACAGAAAGCGUAGAGACUGUAAGCACACCCGUACCAGCUCUUGGCAGUGUGGAAAAGGUAGACAUGCUAGUCGCUGGCUCACUUGCUAUUGAUUUAUCCUGUGAUUUUGCCCCUUUGGCGAGUCAGAAAGCCACAGUCAACCCUUCUGUGCAGACUUCGAACCCAGCUACGAUUGAGCAAAGUCUAGGGGGGGUAGGUUACAAUGUUGCGAUUGCUGCAAACUAUAUUGGAAGCAAGACUCUCUUCUGCAGUGUUGUUGCUGAUGAUCUGAGCGGGAAAGCAGCUCUCGCCGGUAUUGAGCAUGAGGGUCUAGGGACUACAGGUAUUCAGAUCUUGUCUCCCUCCUUGGGUAUGAGGACGGCUCAAUACGUUGCCAUCAACGACUCCAAGAAAGAUCUUUUCAUAGCCAUGGCGGAUAUGGCCAUUAUGGAGCUCCCAGAAAAUGAGCUUGACAUGGAAGGCUUCUGGGGAUCUAUAGUCGCGCAAGCACGACCAAAUUGGAUUGUGGUGGAUGGAAAUUGGAAUCCAGCCGUGAUGGCCAAAUGGAUCGAACUGGGUCCAAAGGUCGGGGCUCGUGUUGCCUUUGAGCCCGUCUCUACCGCGAAGGCUACUAGGCUUUUUACUCAACUAGCAGAGGGGAAAACUUCUGGUAUCAUCGGACCUUCAGAUACCGUUCCUCGCUCAAAAGUUGACCUUGUCGCGCCCAACGAACUCGAGCUUAUAUCCAUGUACUCCACGGCCCGUGACAAGGGAUUAUUCGAAUCUCCGGAAUGGUGGAAUAUCAUCAACGAGCUCAACCUCUCCGCCGCGGGAUCUCGAGACUUGCUCGUGUCAGUUACAUCUCCUUCCUUAGUCGACGCUGGCAUUCCACAGCAGAGUAUUCAACUACUUCCGUUUAUUCCCUCCCUCCUCAUCAAAUUAGGACCUCAGGGCGUGCUCCUCACGCAACUCUUACCUCGCGGAGAUGCGCGCUUGACGUCACCCGAUUAUGCGCCGUACAUUAUCUCUCGAACUCCUCUUUCUGUACCAAGCGGCAACGAAUUGGUUGGAGGCGUUUAUAUGCGUCUAUUCCCUCCAGAGACGGUCCUCGCUGACCAAGAUGUGGUGAGCGUAAACGGGGCGGGCGACACAUUGCUAGGCGUGGUUGUCGCAGGACUUGCCAGCGAUCACAAUUCAGGAGGGAAUAUCGAAGACAUCAUCCCACUUGCUCAGAGGGCUAGUCUAUGUACGUUACAGAGCAAGGGUGGCGUGAGUCCUAGUAUAAGAGAGCUCAGCCUCAACUAUUGA